AUGUUCAACAAGGACAAUGUCUCGAAUAUGUCUGGUAACAGCGAUGCUGCAACCGUCGGUGGUCCACCACUGCCAGAUCCUAAUACAUACUCGCAUGGCUACCAGAAGUUGAGCUGCUUGAUGGCCAAAUUGCCGGAGUUUGCAAUCUAUCGUCGUUUCGGAAGACUAAACAGUCUUAACCUUCUCUAUUUACAGAGUGAGCUUCAUGAUCUUGAGGAAACCCUCUACAAGAUUUCACAGCCGAUCGCUUACAGUACUGACAAGCGGAUAAGAAUGGCGGACCUGGGUUGGAGAGCGCUUUCAAAUACAGACAAAGCAGGCCCUCACAAUGAACAGUACAAGCUGGUGUUGAGGAUACGAGAAGUUCUCAAGGAAUACAUUGCCGUUAAAGCACGUGAAUACAGCGACGCGAUGACGACCUGGUUUGCCACAAGCUUCAUACACAUCUACCACAAAUACCUCGGAAAAUACAUUCACAAGGAUUCGGAUGAAGCCGAGUUUGUCAAUAACAUCGUCUAUACCGAGCGAAGCAACAGCAAGUUCAUGUCAGUAAUUACGACAAGUUUAUCAUCAGCUUUCCCAGUCCUCUCUAUUGUGAUUCUUAAUCAAUGCAAUUCGAUCAACCUGCGCCUGGGCAUCCUGACAGUAUUUACCAUCUGCUUCUCGGCUGUGUUAGCCUUUCUGUCCCCUAAGAAGAAACUUGAAGUGUUCGCCGCCUCUGCUGCUUAUGCUGCCGUCAAUGUCGUGUUCAUUCAUAGAUAG